AUGUACCAGGUCUUCCUAGCGUUUCUCCUACUAUGUGUCAACCAGGCCAUAGCCAAUACCGAAACAAUCGUCUUCACGGUACCUAAAUUUUAUGAGGUGCCCCUUUGUCUGCGGUCCUUCCUGCCUACUCCAUUGAGAGAGGUUAAUGCAUCCACGCUACUACUCACCGAGUAUCCGAUUCAAAGCAUACGAGACUACAGCUUGAAGGAAACUUUGGUCUCUGUUCCUUACGACUUUGUUAAUAAGCCACAGCGAACACUUUUCGUGAAGCUCAACAAUUACGAAGACAGCACAUUCGACUCUAAUGACCUAAUCAACGUCAAGGUAUGUUGGCCUGCUACAUUUCCAAUUGACUUCAGUCUAGAUCAGGUUUACAUCAAGGCUUCAGAGUUUGAUGAGGUUGAAAAUGACACUUUCGACAUAUACAUCAAAAUAGACUUACAAGGUGACUUUUACGCGGUGAAAGAAGUUGAGGAAGACGCGGUCGACUUUCAUUUGGUGAUUUCAAAACUUCCGGGACCCAUCCCUAUACCAAUUGAGCUAUAUGAGUUCAUCAUGUACCUUGUGGACCUUUUGAUUCUAUUAGCUGGCACGUUUCCGUAUCUUCUAAUGGGCCUCGAACACUUCACGGGCUCCACAAAAGUUCACUAA